GCUCUCUGUAGCCGUAUGAAUGGCAAACUACACUGAUUAGCAGCAGCAUAGGCACACAUAAAAUUUCUUCUGAAAUUUUCGCUUUCUAGUUCCGUUUAUUACGCAUAAAAACAGCAUAAAUACAUGUAUCUGAAGUACACUGAGGUUAAAGGGUAACAAAGCCGGCUGUGUCAUGUGCAACGCCUUUACACAUCUAUGAUAUAAUAAUAAUAACAACAAUAAUAAUAAUAAUAAUAAUAACAACAUUAAUAAUAAUAACAGUUGAGUCAUAGGGGCUCGCUGUUUCAGACAGUCAAUUGGCCAAUUGGGCAUCGUGCUGCUCUCAUGUGGCUCAGACCGGUGUUCGGGCGGCACCACCCACAGCGACUAUAAAAAGCCAGCUGGCGCGUAAAAGGUGCACAUUUCCACCCCGCGCGCAGGAUGAGUCCUACAUCAGUCCCCCUCACUUACAGUCUUCUUCUUCUUUUUAUCAGCCGGGUGUCUGGGAAACUGAUCCAGACCGCUGCAGGAGACGAUGUUAGGUUUGCCCUCACAGAGGAGUGCAAGACGGGAAAAGGCACUCUGCAUCAUCAGCUGAUGGAUGGCACCGAUCAGCUGGUCGCCUCUCUUGACGGUGUCUGGAAGCCGGGACCGGGUUAUAUUAACCGGGUGGUUUAUAGCUCCGACUCUCUGAUAUUAAAGACAGCAGAUUUUAACGAUCACGGCUAUUACGCGUUUACCUGCAACUACAAACAGAGGGGGGAGCUGGAAGAGUUGCACGUUUUUCUGCCCAAUAAAGUUGUCGCACCCCAGGAUGAACGUGCCAUCCUGCCGUGUCGCUCCGUUACAGCCGGUCAGGCUGUGAAAUCGGUGCGCUGGAGGAGAGACGGAGAGCUGGUGCUGGAGCUGAAUCCUCCGUCUAAGCAAAUCACCUACGGAGACGGCUAUGAUGAAAGCCGAGUGUCCAUACCAUCAGACUGGUACCAGCGAGGAGACCUGUCCCUCACCGUGAAGCGAGCUCAGCUCCGAGACGACGGAGUGUAUUACUGUGACGUGGAGAAGACAGAGAAACACCGCUCUGCUGUCCACCUGCAUGUCUCCACACCAUCACCACCACCGGGCAGCACCUCACAGCCUACAACCACACCCACGCCAUCAGAGUGCUCUGACUGGUCGUGGAGAACAUUCUCUCUAAUGGCAGUUAUAUUUGUGAUCGUUGACCUGCUUGUUUGGCUCUGCUGGUUUCUGAGGAACAGGAAAUUCAAUGUGUGCACUCGAAGUUUUGGUGGAGGAUCCUCAGAGCGGGAAGAAGAAAUAAACUUGAAAAGUGUUACCAUCAGCAACAGUGAUGGACAUCUCUGCAACGGCACAGAGGAGGGAGGAGAAGGGACUGAAGAGGGCAGAGAAUCAGACUGUGACCAACAAAACAUGAUAAAGUCAAACGGGAACCCUGACUUUACCCACAACUGAUGAGUGAAAAAACAACAGCUCAUCCCUUUAAGUAUCUGAACUCGCCCCCUUUAUGACGGUACCACUGUGCAACUCCACUUUCUCAGGUUUAGAAAUCCUCCGUUUUCCUUCUGCUGAAUCUGACUGCUGUUACAAUGUUUGAGAUUGUCUCUAUUAUUUUGUCUUCCAAUCAAUCAAGUAAUGCCUGUAAAUCAUCUGCUUACAUAAUCGGCAUAUAAUUUAGCUUCAAGAUGGAUAAAUGAGAUCUCUUCAGUAACAAAGUUUGUAUAUUGUCCUGCCUGUUUGUACAGAUUUACAGUCUUUACUGUGUUUACUUUGCUUUUUGUAAAAAGCUCAGGGAAGCUGCUGUGUGCCAAUAAAGUUUUGAGUGGAUAAUAAAGUGACCUGAUGAUGA